GUAAUCUACAGGGAUUGACUGCCGGAUACAAGCAAGCAAGAAAUAAAAAACACGACGACAGCCUUCAUACACUUGAACCAGUAACUUAAAAAGAAUGAACAAUGAAGAACGAUGAAUGACGAACGCAAACAAUGUCGGCUCACAUCUCCCUUCGUGUGGAUGCUGCUGAGAGAGGGGGAGCACAGACGCUCUCAUCGAGCUUCGCGAUUCUCUGAGCGUUGUUUGUUGUUGCACAAAUCACAGCAGCCCAAAAUGAUGUGGAGCCCACACAGCAUCACCACAGCCCGAGAGUGAAUGGGCAGUUUUUGGGGGCGCCUCGCGAUUCUCCAAAUGAGAACGAGAGAGGGAGCAUAAAUCGCGGUGCAUGCGCCACGUGUGACAAGUUGGAGCACAUUUCGGCCAAGCUGCCUUCGGUGCUGGUUGGGGCCGAGUUAGUCUCUUUUCGAACGCGAUUCGGUCUGGACGUGUCUCCGAGAGUGUGAAACCCCCCGCGGAAAGUUUUUCUGGCGAAAGUCGUUCGGCGGUGGCCGAGGUUCUUCGAUUGAUUUUUCGUGGCGGUCGUCGUGCGUUCGCGGUUUGGCCAGCAAAUAAGUGUGGCGUUUAUUUUGUGAGGUUUAUAGUAUUUGCGACGCAUACGGUAUUGUGGCUAAUCUUGAUCGAACGCCAGCGAGCUUUGAAGAGCGUGCGACACGGAGUGAGAGAGAGGGGGAGUGUAGUUGCCUUUGCACGGUAUUAGCAGCUGACCAAGUUUCGAUCAGUUAGUAGUGACUUGCUGUCGGUACCUAAAGUUUCGCGAAUCGUUUGCGUCACCGUAAAGGUUGAAGGCUCCUAGUGCUGGCUAGAUAGUUUUGUGCGAGUUUUAUGCGUAGCUGUCCUAGUUCACAAUAUAGACGUUCCAGUUUCCUGGAGUGCACGGCAAGUGCAACGCAGACUAUUUUGUCCUUUGACGGAAGAAUACCCAAGCAGAAGUGAGACUUGGCACGAAGGAUCCGGAGAGGAGUGUGGUUUUUCCCGGAGGGGCGUUUUUUGCGAGUGCUUUUUUUCGUGCGAACAGUGAACUAGAACUGAAAGAGUGGCACACAUUUUCAACAGAUUGCUUUCGUUUGUUGUUCGAUUGAUGCGUAUGGUGAUUUUUCGGAAGCUGAUUAUUACUCAACGCCAAGCUCUCAACGGCCACCACCAGUGGACCACUUCGGACUGGAUUGUUUGCUGUAGAGCUUCACUAGAGUGGCGAGUGAGGAGCUCAUCUGCUGAUAAUUGCAUUCGCAGGCCUCACUUCAGCGCUUGAUUAUACCCACACAAUCUACAGAUCAUCGCUAUUUGCUGUUGCCGCUCAAUUCGACGGAAUAACAAUUUUACAUAACAUCGUUAGAUAGCAAUCUCCGCAUAGCAUUGAAAAUCAUCCACUGAGAACAUUCUGAUGCUAUACAUCGGCUAGGUAGCAGCUCUUGGUGUUAAUACGAAGAUUGAGUUUAGUUUUUCAAUUCCCCAGAAAAAAAAAUCUAAUUCAACUAGUUCAACUAUAGGAAGUCAAGUUUUAAGCAAAAAGAAACACAUCAUCACGUUCGCCCACGGAGUGGAGGGGUAUUCGAGUAGAAAGAAAAUAAUCCAAAAAGCGAGAAGCAAAAAAAAGUGAGUGUGAAAGUUUUUGCCUUCCAUUCCAGUUUGCGACGUGCGGUGCUGUUAUAGUGCCCAAUAAGAGUGUGUGCUCAGAUAUAAGUGCUCCGCAAAGUGUGUACGACGACCACUAGGCUGCUCCGGGUAAAGCAACCGUACCGUAGCGGCGACCCGUGACCAGUUUCCAAGAGCUGGGAAAGGCAGUUGUGCUAGACAACGUCGAAUCGUGUGGCCCUGGUCCGAAAUCAGCAGCCCCAAUAUAAGCCAGGUGGGGGAAUAAUAACGACGAAGAGCAAGAAGAAAAAAAAUCAGCGAAUCACUGAAUAAGCUAGUGCAGCGAUCACAACUACGAAAGCACGCAAUAAGCCUGCCAUUUGACCAACUUGUCUGUCGCUGUGGCUGAUCACUUCGGCACCUGUAUAGUGCGGGAUCGUAAUCACGUCAUCGGGGGAAUAGCAAUCGUUCGUUCAACUGCAGUGCAGACACGCGAAACUGAAAAAAGCUGUUGUUCCUGCCUCACAAUAGCAGCACGCAACCGGUAGUCGCGUUCUGUCCCAUCGCCACCAACGCCUCGUCACUCGUCGUCGUCGUCGCCGCUGUUGCCGCUCUCGUGCAUCCAUCGGCGGCCCAUCCAUCGCUGUUCGCGUGCACUGAAUCCGUAAUUUGGUGGAUUCUUGUGAAAUAGAAGGAGCGGCACCGCCCACAGCCCGCCUGCAACCAAGCGAGCAUUCCUUCGCCGUCAAGGAAGAAAAUGUUUCCUCCAGUUUGGUUACCAAGAAAUCGGUGGUAGAGCGAAAGCGGAGGUCACGGUUUUCGUGGAAAAUUGAAAUAAUUAAUUUACUGUGAUUCGUGAGAGAGUGCGCGCGCGGGAAAAAUCAAUCCGAGUACAAGUGUUCCAUCCUGGUAUUCUUUUUCGGUAGUUGCGUGAAGUGAGUGAGGGAAGAAGCUUCUGCUUAACCGGGGUGUUGUCAAGAAAAGUCGACGUUUAUGAGCGCGAUAGCGAGUGUUGAAACGAUUCCACCACCUUUACCGCCGACUUCAACGACCGCCGAGGGCAACAGGAGCAGAGUGUCCAGCUAAUAUGGUCGUAAGUGAUUCCGCUCCCGAGCACCGGGCGGAAGCUGUCUAUCAUCAGUUGAAGGCGGAGGAGGAGAAGACGAAUCGUCGCUUGAGUUCGUAUUCGGGUUCUGAAGCAUCGUCAGAAUGCUACCGGCUGCUGCGGCACCGAAGGCGGUAUCACAUUUCCGGCAUGGUCUCGUUGCUGUGCUCGGUUGCGUUGUUCCUGUUGUCACAGUCGAUUCCUAACAGCUUCGGUGUCCUGCUGAACGGAACUGAGUAUCCCGUUAGUGCGCUGGAGUCGUCGUUAGUGGAUUUAAUUUCAUCAAAUGAUGUUGAUUAUGUUAAUGCAAAUAAUGAGGAUGAUGACGAUAAUGUGUCGUCCAAUAAUUAUAAUGCUAGCACCGGUGCUCUAAUUAGUGGUAGUGCGAGAAAUUUCGGCCGACGACCGAGCAGUGGUGGCCGAAACCGACCGAUACCGAUCUACCUGAACGAGUUUGCCGUGUACAUCCCGAGCGGACCAGACGUCGCCACCGUCAUUGCCGAUAAAUAUGGCUUCACCAAUUUUGGACAGAUCGGCCCUCUGAAAGGAUAUUAUUUAUUUCACCAUAGCCACGUCCGAAAGCGAUCCCUAGAUAGGAGCGAAGUUCACCACAGCGCACUCAACACCGAACCCGAGGUUCGAUGGAUGCAACAGCAGCACGAAAAGAUCCGCCGAAAGCGGGACUAUUCGACGUUCGAUCAGGAUUUUGUGCGCUUUCCGGAUCCGCGGUCGAUCGCACCAGGAAGCCGGGUUAACUAUCGGGACACCGGAGCGCACAAUAUCUUUCCGGAUCCGCUCUUCAAGGAGCAAUGGUACCUGAAUGGUGGCGCCAAGGACGGUUUGGACAUGAACAUCGGUCCAGCAUGGCAGAAAGGCUACACGGGGAAAGGCGUCGUCGUGUCGAUCCUGGACGAUGGCAUUCAGCGGAACCAUCCGGAUCUGCUGCAAAACUAUGAUCCGGACGCGUCGUACGACAUCAAUGGAAACGAUUCGGACCCGAUGCCACGGGACAAUGGCGACAAUAAGCACGGAACGCGAUGUGCGGGAGAGGUCGCAGCUGUGGCCUUCAACAACUACUGCGGCGUCGGAGUGGCGUACAACGCCAGCAUCGGAGGAGUUCGCAUGCUGGACGGAACUGUAAACGAUGCCGUAGAAGCGAAAGCUCUGGGCCUAAAUCCAGACCACAUUCACAUAUAUAGUGCAUCCUGGGGCCCCGAGGACGACGGUUCUACCGUUGAUGGACCCGGGCCAUUGGCUCGAAGGGCAUUUAUUUUCGGAGUGACCAGUGGUCGACAGGGAAAGGGUUCAAUCUUCAUUUGGGCCUCGGGCAACGGUGGCCGGUAUACCGAUAGCUGCAACUGCGAUGGAUAUACCAACUCGAUCUUCACCCUUUCGAUUUCCAGUGCCACUCAGGGAGGUUACAAACCUUGGUACUUGGAGGAGUGUUCAUCAACGCUUGCCACGACCUACAGUUCCGGAACGCCAGGCCAUGAUAAGAGUGUAGCCACCGUUGACAUGGACGGAUCGCUACGACCAGAUCGUAUUUGUACCGUUGAGCACACGGGAACUUCCGCUUCGGCUCCACUGGCUGCCGGCAUUGCUGCCCUAGCAUUGGAAGCAAAUCCUUCGCUCACAUGGCGCGAUAUGCAGUAUUUGGUGGUAUUGACUUCCCGUCCGGAACCACUCGAGAAGGAAUCUGGAUGGAUCUUGAACGGUGUGAAGAGGAAAGUGAGCCACAAAUUUGGGUACGGAUUGAUGGACGCUGGAUCGAUGGUCAGCCUGGCAGAACAGUGGACGAGUGUGCCUCCGCAGCAUAUCUGUAAGUCGCGAGAAAUCAACGAAGAUCGGCCCAUUGAGGGAUCCGUUGGAUACACGCUGCAAACGCACAUGGACGUUAACGGCUGUGCCGGAACGGUUAAUGAAGUUCGAUUCCUGGAACACGUCCAAUGUAAAAUCACCCUUCGAUUCUUCCCUCGGGGGAACCUUCGAAUUCUUCUAACAUCUCCAAUGGGAACGACCAGCACUCUCCUAUUUGAACGACCACGUGAUGUCACCAAGUCGAACUUUGAUGAUUGGCCAUUCCUGAGCGUCCAUUUCUGGGGCGAGAAGGCUGAAGGUAGAUGGACACUUCAAAUCCUGAACGGCGGACGUAGACGAGUCAGUCAAUCCGGUAUUCUUACCAAGUGGCAGCUUAUCUUCUACGGUACCGAUUCAAACCCUAUCCGAUUGAAGAAUGAAGCUCAACGGGGCUCGAUUGCCAACUACGGCAACGUGAAUCCGUUCGUAUUCCCAACGGAAACGGACAUCAAUCAACCUGCUCUCAGCGGUGCUGGAAACUAUUACCAAUCUGAUAUCUACUCCAACUCGAUGAGCUACCCGUUCUUGUUCACCGGAGCCGGCAGUGGCAUAGACAAAACAGUAACCACUUUAAAUGGACACAACAUCCCAACGGCUCAGCGGGAGAAUGUUAUGGCCGAUUCCAACAACAAACUGGUCGUUCUGCACGACUGUGAUCCUGAGUGCGACUCCCAGGGAUGCUACGGAAAGGGGCCCACUCAAUGUGUGGCCUGCAAACACUACCGCCUGGAUAAUACCUGUGUCAGUCGCUGCCCACCGCGAAGUUUCCCCAAUCAGGGUGGCGUUUGUUGGCCGUGCCACGAAUCCUGCGAAACGUGCGCUGGAGCCGGCCAGGAUAGUUGUUUGACCUGUGCCCCGGCCCAUCUGUACGUUACCGAUUUGGCCGUCUGCCUGCAGAUCUGCCCAGAUGGGUACUAUGAAAAUUACGACAACCGCACGUGUGUGCCAUGCGAAGCCAACUGUGCAUCCUGUCAGGACCGACCGGACUACUGUACCAGCUGUGAUCAUCAUUUAGUUAUGCAUGAGCACAAAUGCUACUCGGCCUGCCCGAAGAACACCUAUGAAACCGAAGACUACAAUUGUGCCGACUGUCAUCCCUCCUGUAUGACGUGCAACGGAUCGUCCGAGUCGCAGUGCAUCCUGUGCCGAGCUGGCCGGUUUGCUCACGAGGGCCGGUGCCUCAAUGCCUGCCCGGAUGGGUUCUUUGGGGACAAAAAACGGCACGAGUGCAUGCCGUGUCCGAUUGGGUGCUCGACGUGCAGCAGCGGCUCCAUCUGUACGGCCUGCCGGGACAACUGGACCAUGAACAAGAAGGCCAAAUGCAUCGCCAACGGGAGCAAUAACUGUGACGAAUCGGAAUACUACGAGAACGGUCACUGUCACUCGUGCCACUCGACGUGCGAAACCUGCACAGGUCCAACGGAGCACGAGUGUCUAACCUGCGCAUCGCCGUUGCUGCUGCAGAACCAACGCUGCGUCAACGAGUGCGACGAGGGCUACUACAUGGAGGUGGGCGUCUGUGCCAAGUGUUUGCACACCUGUACCCAGUGUGUGUCGCGCAUGAACUGCACUUCCUGCCAGAAGGGACUGCAGCUGCAGAGUGGCGAGUGCCGAACGACCUGUGCCGACGGAUAUUACAGCGAUCGUGGAACCUGCGCCAAGUGCUACCUGAGCUGCAACACGUGCAGCGGACCGCGCCGGGAUCAGUGCGUGACGUGUCCCGAAGGUUGGCAGCUUGCUGGAGGCGAGUGCCAUCCCGAGUGCCCCGAAGGAUUCUUCAAGACCAAAUUCGGCUGCCAAAAGUGCCAUCACUAUUGCAAAACCUGUAACGCCGCUGGCCCACUGGCCUGUACUUCCUGUCCGUCGCACUUCAUGCUCGACGGAGGCCUCUGUAUCGAGUGUCUCGGAUCACAGUUCUACGAUCCACCAACGCAGACGUGCAAGACCUGUCACGAUAGCUGCCGGUCUUGUAGCGGUCCCGGUCAGUAUUCGUGUGUAACGUGCGCCUUCCCGCUGCAUCUGGAUCGUCUCAACAACCAGUGUGUGCCUUGCUGUGCCAGCGAUGCCUCGCCCGAAGAUCAAAGCUGCUGCCAUUGCGACAAAGAAACCGGUGGCUGCAUCAAUUCAUCGCCGGCUGGAAAACGGCGUAUCGGUGCCGAACAGCAGUUGCUUCAGUUUGGUGAGGAAGCAGCAAAUAGCGCAAGCGAUAGCAACGCUGCCGAAACCAGCGAUUCAAGUCUACGGCGGUUCCUACAGGGAGCAUCGCCCUCGGCCGUCACCGUCGUAGCCGUCUCCGGUUGUUUGCUGAUCGUGACAUUGUUCGCCAUCAUUUUCACCGUACUACAGAAACGGAACCGUAACGUUUACACCGGCGUCCGGUACAACAAACUAUCCAGCGGAAGUGGCGGAGGAAGUGGUUCCCGAACCACAAAGAUAUCAAUACCAGCCGAUGGUGAUGAUUUAUUAGAACCAAUUGUAAAUAAUUCCGAAGACGUGGACGACGAGGAGGACGAUGAUGAUGAGAAUGGGAAGGGCCAGGGCGAGAAGGGCGACCACGUGUACCACGACGAUGACCACGAACUGCACGAUGGUGCAAUGGUUACCAGCAGCAGUACCAGAAACAGCGGAGCAGGCCACAGCAGGCAGAACCGGUUUGUGGCCACAGGACAUCACGGGGCAUCACGGCGAGGGACAAGGCCACAGCCGGACUCGAUACGGUUUGCAAGGACUUGAAAAUGGAAAACGCGAACGUAGUUCCCUCCCCCCAACUGCGGAGAUGAGGGAAAACGGUAAACUGUGUGCUAUAAUAGGCGAUAACAAAUUAUUAUAAAUAUUUACUUAAGUGAGGUCGGAAGCGGAAGCAACGGGGCUUGAAGCCGUCUCAAUAGCUGGGAUUGGGCAGCCGUCCGUUCUUCCUUAGAUUCGCCUCAGAUUUGUUAUACUGGAAGCCUUGGUUGGGGGAAUUGAGGGAAGAAUGAGAAACAAGUGCGAGUGGAAACAAGAUGCGAUCGAAAAUAAAAUUUGGAGAAAAAACACAAACGAAAUGAUGUUCAUGAUGUUGAUGACGAUGGCUGACGGAAUGAUGACGAUGAGGCAAUUGGGGGCGAUAAAGUAAGUGUGUUUGUGGAUAUGUGGGAGUGUGGGUAUUUGGGGUAAACAAUCUUUUGAUUUGGAAAUAAAGGAAAAUUAAGAACUUUUUUGUUACUUUUUAUACACUAUUAUUGCCGUAGUCGAUAGGAAUUCGGGCAAAAUGGCGAUUACGCGUCUUGGAAGAGAAAGGGAGAUUUAGAUGUACAGUGUUAAGGCACUUUUCAAAUUCCGAUGACAUAAAAAUGGAGCAGUUAGACGACGAAAGCAUGAGGGAAGCUGAGGAAAAGCUGCUUAUUGGAGAUGAAAAGAAAGGUUGUUGUUAGACAGGGGAACAAACAGAGCGAUUGGUGACCAUUGCAUUGGCUUCAGCUUAUGUCUUCAAAAUAAUAGUCUUGUUAAUGGCGACAACAGUAAAAUAAGAAACAUCAUACGCCUGUGAAAUGCGAGCAAAAGAAAUGAGUGUUCCGAAUUAUUCUCCCUCCAUUACUUCAUUGCGUUAUUCCAUCUUUAAGACAGAACCUGCUCCUCUCGACUAUGUUUUGUCCCUUUUCCAGAUAAUUAUGUUUUGCGGAUUUUUCUCGCAAAGCACAAUUAUUGUAAAAUCGAAACACUGUGAGCUCUUUCAUUGCCAUAUGUUUAAAAUAUCACAGAUAACACACGUCGUUUUCAAAACAUCGGAUCAUCGAGAAACAGAGUGAACAGUGGGAGGUAAGUGGUACAGAAUUACAUCCAUUGUGAAAAUAUUUAUGCUAGAAUUGGACUGAUCUAAAUGCAUAAAAUCGAUCGUGAUUUUACAAUUUUUUGUUUUUAUGAUUAGAUAUAAAGAUAUUGUCAACAAAAUUUCAACAAAACCAAUACUUCGUUGAUCUCUA